AUGCUUCUCCCCAAGGGCGGCGUGACAUGGAAAUCGGCGAAGGCCAACCUGCCACCAUGGAAGGCAGUCCUCAUGCUCAUUUCAAAACCCCGGUUCAUCAUCUCCAUUGCCGCCGCGGGGCUGGUUGUACUGCUCUGGGGCGGUGUUAGUCGGUCCACGGCCGAGAUGCAGAGGUUCGUCCUAUCAACUACAAGAUAUAUAUAUGAAUAUGUCCGUUCUAACAGCAGCACCGGUAGAUAUUACUGCUUCGGCCCAUCAAAACCUCCAAAUCACAUGUCCGCCAACGAGAUGGUAGACUGGCACUCCCAUCUCCAAACCCCCGUCAUCUUCAACCACCACGAACCAUACGAAGUGAACAACACCUCCAUCCAAAACAUCAACCUGAACCUCGUCAAAGCUACCCCAAAGGCAGCUGCAAUGGAAGAACGUGUCUUGAUCCUCACGCCGUUACGCAAUGCCGCCAGACACCUGGAUAAAUACUUUGACUUGCUCUCUAUGCUCACCUAUCCACACCAUCUGAUCGAUAUAGCCUUCUUGGUCAGUGAUAGCAACGACGAGACGCUAGCUGAUCUGGCUGCGAACCUGAACCGCGUGCAGUCGAUGCCAGACAACAUUCCAUUCCGCAGUGCGAUGGUUGUAGAGAAGGAUUUCGGCGCCACGUUGGAUAUGGAUGUCAAUGCGAAGCAUGGAUACGAGGCCCAGGCUCCCAGACGGAAGAUGAUGGGUAAAGCGAGAAAUUUCUUGCUGGCCACGGCAUUGAAGCCCGAGCAUUCUUGGGUCUACUGGAGAGAUGUCGAUAUUGCCGAUAGCCCACCCAAGAUCAUUGAGGACUUUGUCGCGCAUAACAAGGAUAUCCUUGUUCCUAAUGUUUGGUUCCACCGAUAUGUCGAUGGCCAUGAUAUCGAAGGAAGAUUUGACUACAAUUCUUGGGUAGAAUCAGACAAGGCCCGAAAGCUAGCUGCGACCUUGGACAAAGAUACCAUCAUCGUCGAGGGAUACCGAGAAUUCGACACCGGACGCCGCCACAUGGCUAGAGAAGGUGACUGGAGGAAAAACAAGGACGAGGAACUCGAGUUGGAUGGAAUCGGUGGUGUCAACAUCGUCGUCAAAGCCGAUGUUCACCGAGCAGGCAUCAACUUCCCAUCAUACGCCUUUGAGAACCAAGCUGAAACCGAAGGAUUCGCUAAGAUGGCCAAGCGAGCUGGAUACCAAGUCGUCGGUCUACCGAACUACGUCGUCUGGCAUCACGAUACCGAAGAAAAGCCCGGAAACGUCUAA